UCGGAGGCGAGGCCAGGAGGCUUCCAGUGACUUCCUGAGCAGCAGCAGUCAGAGGUCCCUCCAGGUAGGAGAAGAAGCGCUCUGCUGGGACGGGUCGUGGUGAGACCCUCGCUAGACGGCGCGACCAGAUCUCCUACCUACAGGUAUUGACUGGAAGAGGCGAGGCUGGUAAAGCCAGUUUGUCUUGGGCGUGCUCAUCCAUGAGGAAGAUUGGCAGGCUCAAAAGUAGUCCAGCAGCAUCUCAGCUGAGAGUCAAGGUGUAGUUACUGGUGGCUGCCUUGUUGCUGUCUCCUAUGACUCUUCGUUCUUCUCAUGCACAGUGUCGAGCACUGGAAGCAACAGAGGAUAGAAGGCCAUGCUGAGUGAAACCAAACUCUCUAGUUACACGCUUCUCCAACAGAUAUUAGGAUGGAUAAGCCCACAACCACGUCCAGUGGCUUUACUCCAACGGUGGAGAACCCAGAGGUAGAGUCAGAUUUUCUCCGAAGUGUGCACGCUCUUCUCCGAGAACUUGAUGGUCACCAUCCAGCCUUCCAGAGUGAUCGAGGAAUGUUGCGAUGGACCUUGCACAAGAAAACUGACAGAAGUCCAAGCAGUGGAGUCCUCCUGGUCAGAAUCUUGGUGAAAGAAUUGGAAAGGGCAGAAAGAUGUGGCUAUCGCCAAUAUAUCAUCCCUUUGCUUCAUACACUGAUGUACACGCUGGUGAAGGCACCUAGCAUUCCUGACAAUUUGUAUGAGAGGGUGUAUGAUUUCUGCAAGAAAUUACUCACCUUGCCCAAGCCUUACUGCACCAUUGGACUGCACUAUGCUCAGCAGUUAAAACUGGAAAGGACAAUACCAGGAAUAUUAUAUCAGAGACUGGUGACUGCAGAGCAAAAUCUGAAGAAUGACUCAUUCCCUUAUCAGGAAAAGGUUUUUGUAUUUGCAGAUCCAGAUUUGCUCUCUGAGACUGUAUGCAGGGCAGUUGUCACUGAAAUCAAAGCUGCUCGGACAUGCCAGCACACCAGAUCUUGCAUGAUCCAUGUGAUAGAACAUGCCUUCCAAGAAGGGCUGAAAGAACACUGUGAUUUUAGGACCUUGCAAGCAAUUCUUCAGGCAAAGCCCCUAGAUGUGAUUGAGCACUGUUUCCAGCAGGUCGUAGCAGCUAUGGAACAUGGAAACCAUGGAAGAGAUAUGAAUGCAGAAUACAAUCAGUAUGUUGAGGAACUGGAAAAAAUCUAUAGCGCAUUAUUAAGCACUUUAGGGAACGACGUGGAGGAGGCUGCAUCAGAUGGGAGCCCGGGCAUCCCUUUGCCCAACCCCAACAUCAGCUUCCACUUGUGGACAGAUGAAGACCAGCUCUGGAAAGAACUAGUGCUGUUCCUCCGCCCGCAGAGUCAGACCUGUGAGGAGAUUUCUCUGAGUCAAGUACUGGAUAGCUUUGAGAUUCAAGACUUGGGACUUGACUAUGACGACUGUGAGCAGGCACGCUUCUCUGUGCUGUCCACCGACAGUGGUAUUGAGCGGGACCUCCCUAUGCCCGAUGAUGAAGUUCCUGAGGCUGAGCACUCCAGACUCCAGAGGAAGGGGGGCGUAAAGAAGAGGGCUUCUAGUCUAGACUGCUUAUCACUCCUACAGACUGGCUCCAAUUGGCAAGGUGGAAAGCCUCCGGGGAAACUGUACCGGAAAUAUGGAGGUAGUGUCAUGCAACCCAUCGCUCAGAUGAAAAGACUGCACACCGCUCGAGUCUUGGUGCUAGGUGACGAUAGAGUUUUGGCACGCCUUGUCCAGGCCUAUUACUCUUUGAGGAAGCGGGAGAGCAGACGUGCAUAUCUUACACCCAGGCUGAAAGUGCACUUUUAUUAUGUUCCUGUGAUAGAAGAACAGUCCAACUCCUGCCCUGUGGAGGAACACGCUCUGCCUGACCUUACAGAGCCUUGUGAGUUGGCUGCUUAUCUUGGAAGAGCUGAUCCAUGGUACGAGAGCAAUGUCAACACCCUGUGUCACAUGAUUCCGAAGCUGGCCACCAUGCCUUCUUCUUCAAGCAAAACGUCAGUCUCUGAACUGUUCAUCAUUGAUGUAAUUGCAUAUUAUGUGCGUCUGGGUUUGCAGCCAAUCUUCUUCCAAGUAUAUACAGUGAAGCUUUUCUUCCAGAAUGCAAGUCUGGAACCAGCUGAGCACAUCUUCCUCAUAGAACUGCGUGUAACCCUGGAAGAAUAUGAACCCUCCAGAGACAAUCUGCUGAUGAAGAAGAAAACUAUGGUAGAGGUUCCUGGUGCAGAUGUUACGCUCAUGUAUAAAAAGGUUUCGCUGAGUAACCGUGAAAAAGAGGAGACAACUUCUUUGCGAUCAACAGGCUUGGUUAUGAAAGCCAUUCCCUCAAACGAUACUGAAGAUCUGGUGUGUUUGAAUGUCAAUAUUACUGAAAUUACAAAGACUGCCAACCUCUCAGGACGAUCAUAUACUCUUGUUUCAAACAAGAUCCGAGCACGCAACAUCAAAAUGCAAAGCACAGAACAAAGGUCCUUUACUGUGUGCCUGGACAAGGACUCCAGAAGAGUCUACAAGAAUGUGAUUGGCAUCGAAGUUUCCCCAUGUCUGGAACCUAGCUACUGCUUGCAAAAGACAAGAGCCAGGCGGACUAGCACGCCAGGAGAUGAAAAUGUGGGACUGGCCAAAUAUUUACCCAAGUCUUUGUUACUACCCAUUAAUACUUUUGCAGGCAUAAUUCAGUGAGGAAGCUGAUGAUCAGAGAUAUUAAGAUCCUUGGGGUAUUAUUGAAUGCCCCACAGCAUGGGGACUAGACAGAAAGGACUCUAGGGGAAAGGCAAACAAGUCUGUGGAAAGAAGCAGCCUGGCCCAGUUCAGAGAAGGUGGGAGGUUUUGUAAUAGGACCGUUAAUAAACUAGGCGACAGAUGAAAGAAAAAAACACCCAGAUGUGAGAUUUUCAGCCUGUUUCAGUGUAUUUUGGAUAAACCCAGGAAAAAUUCUUGCAAGGAUAAUUUACUUGAGCUUUUCCCCUCAUAUCGUGAAAGGUGAGGACAAUACUUUUUGUUUUACCUUUCUCAAAGCAAAUUGUAAUGAUGGUAAAUAAAUGUUAAGGUGAAUUUAUUUUCAUUACAGUAUUCCUGAGGGACUCAAGUCAAGAUCAUAGCUCUGUGGAAUGAGACCCUGUUCACAUGUGUCAGAGAUAUGGAUGCUAUUCUGUACAAUUGCCACAGGGUGAUUACACUCACCAGAAUUCACAUGGCAGAUUCAAGUAUUUUGUUAGACAAUUCUUGGGAUAAGGUUCUAUAUACAAAUCCAUAAAUUCCCAUUACAUGCUACCAGUCAAGGAAAUACAAAAUAUACUUAAAAACCAGACUACUUGGAAACUGUACUAUAGGAGAUAAGGGAAACUUCACAAAAUGGCAUGUAUCAAAGACUGGACAAAAUAUCUGGGACAGAACUAAAGCAUAUGAGAACUAGAAUAUGCUUGUUUUGUAGGGAGUUUUGACUGUGAAAUCAAACAUGUAUGAACAGCCUCCAGCACAGGCAUGGAUGGAAAGAACUUGUGACUGGUCAUUUCCCCACUUUUAAAAUGACGUCAAAACUCACCAGUUUUGUUUGCUCCAGGACCUUUUUAGCGUGGGUUCAUGUUCCCCACUGCAGCUUCCACCCCUUCUUCCAAUGAACCUGGCAGCCGCGCAGCAGGCAGGACUCCCCACAAUCCGCUCAAGGGGUGUCCUAAUUGGCUGCUGUGUUGUGCUGCAGCGAGAUUUUUUUUAAAUUUUCAACUGGACAAAUCAACGUCCUGACAAACCCAUGACUAUUUGUGGAUACAUCUAUGUUUACGUGCUCUUAAAACGGCGUGCAGAUGUGGAUUCCUUGUGUUAAAAAUAAAAAAUUAAACCAGCUGCGCGCGCAUUGCGCACGCCCCGCCAUGCCCAGAUUGGACAGGAGGGUCCACGUCAUCAAGCGGCGGGAAAAUGGAAACCCGGGGUAACCACACGGGCUUCCCCACUGCCAAAAGGCACUGUUCCGAACAGCACCAGAAAUGACGCGUGCUGAGGGGGCGC